UCUCUUUCCUCCUCUGCUUCUAAUGAAUUUAAAAUCUAUGAGCUGCCUAGCUCUGGUAGUUUAACAAAACUGUCCUUGCUUUUUCUGCAUUUGCCCAGUCAAGGGUAUCUUUGGCUGAGGUCAGAACGAUGCUGUUAGUUCUGCUGAUGAUUGCAUAGCAACACAGAGCAGCUUCGAGAGGGAAGGAGGCGGAAAAGGAGAAGGAGGGCAGGGAGGUGGGAGAGACAGAGAGAGAGUGUGCAUACAGCAGCUGCCGGCAUCCCUGUCUCAGGCACUUCUUUGCUGAUUCACAGAGGCAGCCCGGCCCUGACCUCUCAGCUUCCAGCUACCCAGCUGCUUCCCAGACCUGACAGAAUCAGAAGGUAAUAAAUGGUCAACAGCUUGUCUGCUGCCCAUCCUCAUCUCCCCAUGAUCCUUGGUUCUUAUGCAACCUAUGGUCAUGCAGGGAUGCCCUUACACCCUCCCACGAUGUCGUGAGUGGUGGGCUGCUGACCAGUUCCAUCACAGCAGCAGCCUCCGAUGCACCUGCCCCCAGCCUCAGGUUAGAGCUGCUACCACUGCCCCUGCACUUCCUUGGGAUGGUGCUGGGGUUCCUUGCCUAUUUCCAAAGCUGCUGAACGGGUCUGUUGGUGCUGUUGGCCCCCUGGAACCAUCAGCCAUGAAUCUGUGUUGGAAUGAAAUAAAAAAGAAGUCUCACAACCUCCGUGCUCGCCUAGAGGCCUUCUCAGACCACAGUGGAAAGCUUCAGCUCCCUCUCCAAGAGAUUAUUGAUUGGCUCAGUCAAAAGGAUGAAGAAUUGUCAGCUCAGUUGCCCCUCCAAGGGGAUGUGGCUCUUGUGCAACAGGAGAAGGAAACACAUGCGGCCUUUAUGGAAGAAGUCAAGUCUCGGGGCCCCUAUGUCUACUCUGUGCUGGAGUCAGCACAAGCCUUCCUAUCUCAGCAUCCAUUUGAGGAACUAGAAGAACCUCAUUCUGAAAGCAAAGAUACCUCCCCCAGACAGCGGAUCCAGAAUCUUAGCCGUUUUGUGUGGAAGCAGGCAACAGUAGCCAGUGAACUAUGGGAAAAGCUGACAGCUCGAUGUGUGGACCAGCACCGCCACAUUGAGCGCACUCUAGAGCAGUUAUUGGAGAUUCAUGGAGCAAUGGAGGAACUGAGCACUACUCUGACCCAAGCAGAGGGAGUCCGAGCCACUUGGGAGCCCAUUGGAGAUCUCUUUAUUGAUUCGCUCCCAGAUCACAUCCAGGCUAUUAAGCUAUUCAAAGAAGAAUUUGCUCCCAUGAAAGAUGGAGUAAAGUUGGUGAAUGAUCUGGCCCAUCAACUUGCCAUUUCUGAUGUACACUUGUCGAUGGAGAAUUCCCGAGCCCUGGAGCAAAUCAAUGUCCGGUGGAAACAGCUACAGGUGUCAGUUGGUGAGAGGCUGAAGCAGCUGCAGGAUGCCCACCGGGACUUUGGGCCUGGGUCACAGCACUUCCUCUCCUCCUCUGUCCAGGUUCCGUGGGAAAGAGCAAUUUCACCCAAUAAAGUUCCCUACUACAUCAACCACCAGGCGCAGACCACAUGCUGGGACCAUCCCAAGAUGACAGAGUUAUACCAAACCUUAGCUGAUCUGAACAACAUUAAAUUCUCAGCUUAUCGCACUGCCAUGAAGCUCCGCAGAGUCCAGAAGGCCCUGCGCCUGGAUCUAGUAACUUUAACUACAGCUCUAGAGAUCUUCAAUGAGCAUGAUCUGCAGGCCAGUGAGCAUGUGAUGGACGUGGUAGAGGUCAUUCACUGCCUGACUGCUUUAUAUGAGCGACUGGAGGAGGAAAGAGGCAUCCUAGUCAAUGUGCCACUAUGUGUAGACAUGACUCUCAACUGGCUCCUCAAUGUUUUUGAUAGCGGUCGCAGUGGAAAGAUGCGGGCAUUGUCCUUUAAGACUGGCAUUGCAUGUCUCUGUGGCACAGAAGUGAAGGAAAAACUUCAAUACCUCUUCAGCCAAGUGGCCAACUCAGGCAGCCAGUGUGACCAACGCCACCUCGGUGUCCUGCUUCAUGAAGCUAUUCAGGUGCCCCGUCAGCUGGGUGAAGUGGCAGCCUUUGGGGGCAGCAAUGUGGAGCCCAGCGUCCGCAGUUGCUUCCGUUUUAGCACUGGGAAGCCAGUCAUUGAAGCUUCCCAGUUCCUGGAGUGGGUCAACUUGGAACCCCAGUCCAUGGUGUGGCUGGCUGUUUUGCAUCGGGUCACCAUUGCUGAGCAAGUAAAGCAUCAGACCAAGUGUUCUAUCUGCAGGCAAUGCCCUAUCAAAGGAUUUAGGUACCGGAGUCUGAAACAAUUUAAUGUGGACAUCUGCCAGACCUGCUUCUUAACAGGCAGGGCCAGCAAGGGCAAUAAGCUGCACUACCCCAUCAUGGAGUAUUACACCCAGACCACAUCCAGUGAGAACAUGAGGGACUUUGCCACCACCUUAAAGAACAAGUUCCGCUCAAAGCAUUAUUUCAGCAAACACCCUCAGCGAGGCUAUCUGCCUGUGCAAUCGGUCCUGGAGGCUGACUACAGUGAGACACCGGCUUCUUCUCCAAUGUUGCCACAUGCGGACACACACUCUCGCAUUGAGCAUUUUGCCAGCAGGCUUGCUGAGAUGGAAAGUCAGAAUUGUUCCUUCUUUAAUGACAGCCUGUCCCCGGAUGACAGCAUCGAUGAGGACCAGUACCUGCUGCGGCACUCCAGCCCCAUCACAGACCGGGAGCCAGCCUUCGGACAGCAGAUUCCAUGCAGCAUGGCCACAGAAAGUAAGGGAGAGCUGGAGAAGAUCUUGGCUCACUUAGAAGAUGAGAAUCGGAUUCUCCAGGGAGAGCUGAGGCGCCUGAAAUGGCAGCAUGAGGAGGCAGCUGAGGCACCCACCCUGACUGAAGGCUCUACUGACGCAACACAGGACCACUGCAAUGAGGAGCUCCUGGCUGAAGCCAGGAUCCUCAGACAGCACAAGAGCCGCCUGGAGAUGCGAAUGCAGAUACUUGAAGACCACAACAAGCAACUAGAGUCCCAGCUGCAGCGCUUGAGGGAGCUGCUGCUGCAGCCAUCUACGGAAUCAGAUGGCAAUGGAUCUGCAGGCUCAUCAGUAGCUUCCUCUCCACAGCAGUCAGAAGGCAGUCACCCCCAGGAGAAGGGACAGACAACUCCAGACACUGAGGCUGCAGAUGAUGUGGGGUCAAAGAGCCAGGAUGUCAGCUUGUGCUUGGAGGACAUCAUGGAGAAGCUCCGCCAUGCAUUCCCCAGUGUGCGAAGCUCUGAUGUGACUGCCAGCACCCUACUGGCUUCUUGAUGGAGCCAGAUCCCGAUCCCAUAAUCCACAGUCCUCCCCUGGUUCUGGUCAAAGACUUCCCUCAGCCUGCACUUAAUCUUUCCAGUCCCCACUGGCCCCAUAUCCCUUAACCAGAGCUAUUUGAACUCCAGGCAGCAACAAGGAUCUGGUGAUAUGUGAAGGAUGUAGAGUGAGAUCAAAGCAAAAGGAGGCAUGAUUCCUCUGACUAUAGAAAUUUGCCCUUUGACCCUCAAGUUCAAGAUCAGUCACUUAUUUUACCCUUCGUUUACAGCCCAAGCAAACAGCAAUUGGCUAUUCAGAUGGGGAGCAAAGAAGCAGCCUUACAGAGCUUCUUUUUCUGGAAGGUGUCCACUAGCCCCUUUCCCUUCUUCACUGAAUUAUGGAGAGGGAGAGAAGCCUGAUGACCCCAGAAUGCCAGUAGUGUGAAUCUACAGGGAAUAGCCAUCCUUUCUAGUCUAAUUCAAGGAGGCAAAAGGAUAUCCCUGAGACCUCUUUCCAAAGUGCUCCUAAAGAAGGGUGGGCAGGGUGUGUCCUAAUGACUUCAGUUCCAGGGCAUAGCUCUAACUCACUGGAUUCUACCUACAUGUUGUUUCUGCUUUGAAUGUUUUUAGUUCUAUCACACUCCAUCAGAUCUUCCUGGAUGAGGAAAUAGUUCAUUCUAGUUUCUGCUUCCAUCUUACAUUUGAAAACAUUAAAGAAGUACUUUUGGACUUAGAUUUUUCCCUGACCCUCCUCUUUGCUGAAGGCCUCAGCAUACCAUGAGACCUAGAGGGAUACUCCGGAAAUCUAACUGAAACCAUAUUUUGCUCUUCUGAAUUUGUCUUCACAGAACUGGGGUACAAGUGACAGCUUGCUCAGCAAGUGAGUCCUUCUUUCCUUGGGUGAGAAAGAGAAGCCACCCUCUAGCUUGGAAGAGUAUGACUACCCACCACCCUUCUAGACUGUAACCCUUCUAUCUCUUAGGUAGAAUCAGGUGAGGAGGCUGGUUGCCUCCAGAUGAUCAUAUGGCAAUUACAACUGGCCAUGCUUAAUAGUGAUACCUUCCUAGGAUCCACUGGCCACAAUUCAGAAAGUUGGCCACUUCUUACUGAGACAAAACUGAGGCCUUCCUAUGCACCAAACUGUUCUUUCAAACUCUGGAAGGUGAACCCAUAACUCUGCACUAACACUUCCUAGACAAUAUAUACCAUGACCCCUUUAUCAAGAAACUGUGCAUAGUAGAUAGUGGGACAUGGGUGGAAACACAAGGUUUGGGAACUUUGACCAGAGUCAAAGUCCACUUAGGUUCCUUUCUUCCAAGGGGAAAAUUUUUCCCUCCAGAGUCUUGCAGUCAAUUUAAUUUGCCUGAGUUUAUAUAUAUACACAUAUCUACUCUACAUAUCUACUGUACUUCAGGGCUCUUCCAGCCUCACUCACACAUUAAAUUCUAAUACCUCUUGAAGUAUUAAUGUUCUACCUUGCUCUUUGUUAGCCUCAGCCUCUGGUUAUAAAAAUAGAUGCAUCCUGGCUUCUCCCCUAGGAUGUCUUUCUCCAUUGAUGUUUGGGUAAGCUGACCUCAAGACCAAACCAACAAAAUUGUGUCCACUGAGAAAUCUAACUGGAAGAAUCACUCUUCACUCAUUCUCUUCACUCACUGUAAAUCAUGUUCCUUUGAGAUCUGAGAAUUGGGUGAAUUUUCCUGAGCACCCUGUAAGUAGUUCAGGUGGCCAAACGGAGGAUAUCCAAACUCUCUUACUUGAUGCAGAAAAGAAACAAAAAGCAGACAAUAGACAGACUUUGGAAGGAACAAAAAAGCCUCUGCUAGACUAAGCCACAGAAUAGAUCAUCUACCCCUUACCAGUUCCUGAGGUCUGGCUCAGGGUAAAGCAAUGGUUGUCACCAAGAUCAGGAAGAAAUGAGACUGUUGAAGUGCUAUGUUAUAAUCACGUAGUGGUCAGUGGGUGGAACUUCUGGAAAUAUACAUUGGUCUGCUCCAGAGAAAGUAGCCAGCAACUUGGGUCCAGAUGCUAGGGAUUUCCUCUUCCAUCACUAUGCCACAGGUCCAGAGUCAAACCUCAUAUCACACUAUCUCCCUCAGGAUUUGUGAGGCUUCUAGGCAAUAAAAGUGUGUAUCUACAUGUAUGGUGAGCAGGUGGUAGGCAGGUACCAGACGAAGAGCCUGGCCAUCAGUCAGAAUGAGGCAUUUUUCAAAGGGCCUAGAUUGUGUAUAAGAAUGGGAAAAAAUGUAUUAUGAGUCAGAGGGCUCAAGAACUAUGAGGCACGUGCCUCUCAGGGGGUGAUGUUAUGGAACAAUAUUUUACCAGGAAUGUCCCCCUUCCCUAAGAACUCUUGGGCUGCUGAGGGCCCGUGGCAACUGCAAUGGGCCAGGCAUAGAAAUAAACAAACAAAAGAUGUAGAUCUUGUUAUGUAGGAUUUGUGCUAUAGGUAGAUGGAAGUAGCAGGUCAAGAGUUGAAUUCUCACUAGGUGGGUCACUGACACUUUGUGAUCUUGUGUUUACCUAUAAUGCCUGAGGUGAGUAUACCACUCAAAGAUCCAGUCACUGCAGCAUGUGUGAGUAGUUUACCUGCCAUGAGGUAAAUGAAUCCUUGAUCACUGUGAUCUAACCCACAUCAGGGUUAGAUUUAUCAAAAUGUACUGUAUGUUGUUAGGCAUCUGUUAUGUACUGUGUCUCCUAAAGGUAUUAUGCGUGGUUCUGUAUAGUUUAUGGCGCUGUACUAGAAGGAUGGUAAAGGCAGUUUCUAGGUUGAUCACCUAGGGAAAACCUUCUGACUUGUGGAGUUAGCAUCAGUGAUAAGGGAUGUGUUUGCUGGAGUUGUUUUCAAAUGGUAUCAGGGAACAGUUAGGACUGAUAGGCAAUUUAUUCUAGAUGGAAUUUAUCAAGAGACCAAACAGCCAUUGCAAAGGUACCCCUGCUUCCACCUAAAGCAAAUUGGAUUCACAUUGAUUGGCAUUUGGGAAGAUUGUUUGGCUGGAGAACUCAAGGCUGGGAAAUGGUUCCUUAGAAAGUGCCCCACCCAGGAGGAACAUGGGCCCUUCCCUACAGAAUGGAAAAGCUGGAAUCAAGGCUCUCAAGGGUCCAUUUCUUUUAAGAACCAAAGUUAGAAUGUAUUUCAGAAACCUGUCUGAAUUUCUGGUAUUCCAGACACUAGGCUAGUAGGCCACAAUAAUGAGAAAAUUUGAGGCCAGGCCAAUCAUGGGAGAUGUUUUCUGACCAGAUUCAUUUUUAAGGAAUAUACAUGCUGUCCUGUGGUAUGUGUUUAAAAGCAAUUGAACUUCAUAUCAAGCUUCAGGCUAGAGAAUUCUUUGAAGUUGUAUUCACAAUGGCAGAGUCAUGGUCUCUGGGAUCAUUUGUAGCCAGUAAUUAUAUCCAGUUUUCCUUGACAUAAGUUGAUAGAUAACAGAGAAAGUGGCUGGCUGCCUUAACAUAAACAGUCCUGGAAGAGAAACAGGGGGCCCUGUCCUAGGACUGUGGAGACUUAGCUUCUCAGCUGGCAGCUGGAUCUCUGGGCCUCCCUUCCAAAGCCUGGCCCUUGGAACAGAGGAAUACUUCUGUGACUUCUCACUGUUUUAAAACAAAUGGCUAGGAGAGAGGGAAACGCUCAAGGCCAGGGCUCUGCUCCCAGUAUCCAUAUCCUCCCACAGCUGCCAUAUUUGGGAGGAGACCUGCUGAAUGUCCUUGUUGUCCCCAGGGCUGUAUUGAUGCUAGACUGAAGCCUUCUAUACUGCUUGCUAGCUGCAAGAACUGGUCACAAGGAUAAGAAUGGGGAGAGGGAUUUGGGGGAGGUAACAAGGGUGGCAUGCAAGUGUAGGAAAGUUUGGUAUAAAAGAGCAGAGCUGAGACAAAUUUGUUAACUUUGCCACUCACUGUGGUGCUUUUCCCCUUUAAAAAGAAUAAAUUUGUACUUGUUUA